UUCCCCGUUUACUGCACUCAUGGCAAAAAAAUGGCAAAUCACUGCUUAGUGAUAAAAAAUAUAAUCAAUGUACAGGCAAGUGUUCUAAGGUCCACAUACAAACACACGCACACACUGUUGCAUAGUGUUAUUUAGUUCUUUGCUCGAGGUGCACACACAACACAGCAGGUGCCUCAUUCAACAAUGUCGAGCUGCUGCAAGAGGAUGCCAUCCUUGUGUCUGGGAUUUCUGGUGUUGUGUUUGAUGACCACUGUGCAGGCCGAUGUUAAUGGCAGUGUAUCGCCCAUCAUUGGAGUAUUGGCACAAGAACUUUACCCGGAUUCGUUAUCAGCCACAACUUAUAAUGCAACCAGUUAUAUUGCGGCGUCGUAUGUGAAGUUCAUUGAAGGUGCGGGAGGCAGAGUGGUGCCAAUUUGGAUCGGCCGCAAUCAGAGCUACUAUGAGAAACUGCUGCAGAACCUCCAAGGUGUGCUGUUGCCUGGUGGAGCGACGUGGUUUAAUGAGACCCUCGGCUACGGUGAUGCAGGCGAGCAUCUGAUAAGGAUUGCCAAGCAGAUCAACGAUAAUGGCACCUACUUUCCAGUGUGGGGCACCUGUCUGGGCAUGGAAUUGAUGGUUCUCAAAGUGGCCAACGGCAGCGAGACGCGCAGCGAUUGCAAUUCAGCUGGACAAGCUCUGCCGCUGGAAUUUCAAGCAGACUACAAUUCGAGUCGUCUUUUUGCGGGCGCUAGCGAUGAGGUAAUUUCAGCGUUGGCCAACGAGAAUAUCACCUACAACUAUCAUCGUUUUUGCUACACGGUUGCCAGUUUUGAGGAGCCCGCUCUGAAGGAUAAUUGGCGCAUAAUGUCCCUAAAUCAUGAUCUACAGGGCUAUGAGUUUGUGUCCACAAUUGAGCACUUGAAGUAUCCGUUCUAUGGCGUGCAAUUCCAUCCGGAGAAAGCACUUUACGAGUUCGUUAGCACUAAAGUUCCGCACACGAAAUCAGCGGUGCUCGCUUCCCAGUAUUUUGCUGACUUCUUUGUGAACGAAGCUCGUCAGUGUCCUCAUGUGUUUGCAAAUGCCACCGAACAGAAGAGAUCACUGAUCUACAACUAUAAUCCAAAGUACACUUCGCUCGCCGGGUCGAGUUAUACUCAGCAAUAUGUGUUCAACUUUGAUGUCAAUAGUGAUUUUAGUGAUGGUGAUGAUGAUGACAGUCCUUAUCCUCUGCCUUAUCCUUAUCCCGUGGGUGACGGGGCUGAAAGGCAUUCCCUUGGACUUGCACUUGUGAUAACCAUUGCUUUCAGUAUGUUUGUCGCCACGCAGCAUUGCUGAAAUUGUUUUUAUUUCAAUCUUUUUUUUCUAUUUGUAUGCACCUUUUUUUUUGUUUUUUUUUUCUUCCCUUAUUUGUAUAAAAUUUUUUUGUUUUUGUGUUUUUUUUUUACUUUUUUCUAUUAAUAUUUUUUGUUUUUUUGU